AUGGUGUCUACACAAUCUACGCAAAAAAAUCCCGAUCUCAGUUCCAGUCCACUCAUCGUCUCUGAACAAGAGGAUGACGCUUUGUUUGCAAUCUUGCUCGAAGAAUAUGCGAAAUACUGUAAUCUGCCAGCUAAGUCUCAGAAUGAUUCUUUUGACAAUUCAAAAAGCUCACCUAUGGAUGCGCAACCAUUAGUCGAAUUCCAGAAUUUAACGGACCUUGACUACAAGCCUAGUAAUAUAAAUCAUUUUUACUUUCAAAAAUUACUUCCGUCCGAUAAUUCAGAGAAAACUAAUAAAGACUAUGACGAGGACUAUGACGAAGACUAUGAUGAAGACUAUGACGAGGACUACGAUGAAGGUUAUGAUGAUGGAUAUUACAAUAAAAGAGAAUUUAUUUACCAAUUUUGA